AUGGCUGCCUCCGUAUUGAACGUGUUGCUGAGGUGCCUUCCUAACAUUUCGCCCUUCAGAGGUGCCUACGGAGUUCAUGUUCCCCUCCAGACUCUUUGCACCAAAGCCCCCCCCCCCCCCGGAGAGGAUGACUCUUUGCCCCCAAUUCCUGUUUCCCCUUAUGAGGAUGAACCCUGGAAGUACCUGGACUCAGAAGAAUACCAGAACCGCUAUGGUUCUCGCCCUCUCUGGGCUGACUACCGUCGAAACCACAAAGGUGGAAUACUCCCACAGUGGACUCGAAAGAUGUGUAUUCAUGGAAAUAAAGUUGCUGGGAACCCCUGCCCCAUCUGCCGGGAUCAGAAGCUGCAUGUUGACUUUAGGAACGUGAAACUCUUAAAACAGUUUGUCUGUGCCCACACGGGUAUCAUCUUCCAUGCUCCAUAUACAGGGGUCUGUAUGAAGCAACACAAGAAGUUGACCCAGGCUAUCCAGAAAGCCAGGGAUCAUGGUCUCCUCAGUUACCACAUUCCCCAGGUUGAACCCCGGGACCUUGACUUCAGUACCUCUCAUGGAGCUGUGAGUGCUACUCCACCAGCCCCCACUCUGGUUUCUGGUGACCCCUGGUAUCCAUGGUACAGCUGGAAACAGCCACCAGAGAGAGAGCUGUCCGCCUUCGCCGGCUCUACCAGGGCCAUCUCCGAGAAGAAAGUGGCCCUCCACCUGAGUCAAUGCCCAAGGUGCCACUCAGGGCCCCCACUGAAGCCACCUCCGCUGAGCAGGCGGGACCCCAGAGUGCUCUGUAG